CUCCAUCCCUCCCCCUACCCUGCCCCCACACACACACCGCCGCGUCCGACCCCCUACGCCGUCGACUGCUCGGCCGGUCGGCUCCGAUGGGGUACGUGCUGUCGGCGGUGGGCAGGGUGCUGGAGCAGCCCACGGCGUGGGGGGCGGCCUGGGAGAUGGCGCUCCUCGCGGGGCCCCUGUGGGCGGCGGCCCUCCUCGGCCUGCUGCUCGGCUGGGCCUGGCGCCCGCGCUGGGCAGCCGGCCUCGUCGUCGCCACCGCGGACGACGGCGGCAGCGCCACCACCGCCGCCGCCGCCGCGCAGCCGCCCUUCGCCACGCUCGACUUCUGGAAGGCCCAGCUCCCCGCCCGCCUCCGCGCCCCGCUCGGCACCGCCGUGCAGCAGAGGGAGGGUGACAAGGACGCCGUGCAACGGAACCGCGGAACGGUGGCGCUUGGCAGGUCGUCGGAGACGGAGACGGCGACGGCGAGAGAGGAGCCGGUGGCGGUGGCGGUGGGGAUGGCCGACCUGGUGAACCUCUGGAGGCUGGUGGAGGGCGCGGACGGUGGCCCGGCCUGGACCAAGAUGAUGGAGAAGUCGCUGCCCACCAUGACGUACCGGGCGUGGAGGAGGGACGCCCAGACCGGGCCUCCGCAGUACCAGAGCAGCAGCAUCUUCGAGAACGCCAGUCCAGAGGAGGUGAGGGACUUCUUCGGGGACGACGAGUUCCGGAUGUCCAACAGGUGGGACGACAUGCUCAUCUACCACAAGACCCUGGAGGAGUGCCGGACCACUGGGACGAUGAAAGUGCAUUGGGUCCGGAAGUUCCCCUUCUUCUGCAGCGACAGGGAGUACAUAAUCGCCCGGCGGAUAUGGAAGCUGGGGGGCGCCUAUUAUUGCGUCACAAAGGGCAUACCAUGCUCAUCCAUUCCACGGCGUAGCAGACCUCGGAGAGUCGAUCUGUAUUACUCAAGCUGGUGCAUCCGCGCAGUGGAGUCCAGGAGAGGGAACGGAGGAGGAAGGGGGGCGACGGCCUGUGAGGUUCUGCUGUUCCACCACGAGGACAUGGGCAUCCCGUACGAGAUCGCCAAGCUGGGCAUUAGGCAAGGGAUGUGGGGGUGCGUGAAGAGGAUCGAGCCGGGGCUCCGGGCCUACCAGCAGGCGCGGGCCGCGGGGGCGCCGCCGUCGCGGAGCGCCCUGAUGGCCCGGAUCAACACCAAGGUCAGCGCCGACGGUUUCGCUCGCCGGUCGAUGGAGUCGUUGUCCAGCUCCAGCGGCGGCGACGGGCCGGAGACCGCGGACGACGCGCAGGAGACAGAGAACAAGAAGCCCGCGACGAGGAGCCACGCGGCGGCGAGGCUCCUCGUGCUCGGCGGCGCGGUCGCUCUGGCCUGCUGCACCCUUGACCAGGGGCUCCUGACCAAGGCUCUCAUCUUCGGCGUCGCGCGGAGGUUCGUUGGGCAGAGGAAGACGUUGUAGCGUCCUACACACCUUGUCGCUCGUACGGUCGUGCCGUGUGCUGAUCGCCGACGUCGAGAAGCGGGGGAAGGAGGUGGUUUGUGUGGGCUUUGUGGAUGUGGUUAAUUGGUGCUGAUGCCAUUGUGGCUGAAAGAGAGCGGACGAAGAGCGUUUUGGUGUCUACGUGUGUAUACGCUGCCGGCUGUCGGAUCACGAGGGAGAGGGGUUUCCUACUAUAUACAUGUGUAAAAAUUUGUUUCAUGUAAUCUUGUAUCUGAGUGACCAGAUCAGGUGAUUAUG